AGCACGGUGCCAUGGCGGCGUUGGUGGCGGCGCUGCUGGCGGCGCCGGGCCCCCCGCAGGCGCACGGUGGCGAAGGGCUGCUGGCCACCAUGCCCCCCGCUGCCCCACUGCCCCACCGCCUGGACCAGGCGCUGCUGCUGGUCCACAAUGCGCUACCUGCCCAGGGCCUGCGACUCUCCGCCGUCUCCGCUGCUUGCCACCAGUGCGCCUAUCAGUUUCUGGCCUUCAUCCCGGCGAGCAACGGCAGCUCAGGAAAAGCAAGCAGGGUGGCUGUGGCCGUGGAUACGCAGCAUCCGCUCAGCCUGCUGCUCGAUGGCUUUUCUGAUGACAGAGAGCUCUGCAAGAUUUAUUAUCAUUUUGGAGAAGCUGGCAAUUAUUCCCUUGAGGUAAAGACCAUGAGCAGAAGCACCCAAACUGUUUCUUGUGACCUAAUCAUCAAUGAAGACCCUAUCAACAGCUACCUCCCUAUUCUCUUUGCAUUCCUGGUUUACAUGGGGAUCCUUGCUCUCGUGAUUGUUGGACGCCUUCUCAUGAAAAUUGAUCCAGUCAGGAACUGGGUUUGCAAGAAAUUGAAUCCUAGAGAAACCGAUCGUAUGAUUAAUUCCGAGCUCGGGUCCCCGAACAGAGCAGAUUACCUUAGCAGCGAUCCCUCCCAGCAUUUGUGGAGCACCGUCUCUCGGCAGCGACUGCGUUCCCUGGACACGUUCCGAGGGCUGUCUCUUAUCCUUAUGGUGUUCGUUAACUAUGGAGGAGGAAAAUACUGGUUCUUCAAACAUGAGAGUUGGAAUGGAUUAACAGUGGCAGAUCUAGUUUUUCCAUGGUUUGUGUUCAUCAUGGGGACAUCAGUAUCACUAUCCCUAAGCUCCAUGCUGAGGUGGGGAAGUUCCAAGAAGAAGGUGCUCGGGAAGAUCCUCUGGAGGAGUUUUCUGCUAAUCCUACUGGGAAUCAUAGUUGUGAAUCCCAAUUACUGCCUUGGACCACUGUCCUGGGAUAAUCUGCGCAUCCCUGGGGUGCUCCAGAGACUGGGAUUUGCGUACCUCGUGGUUGCUGCUCUCGAACUCCUCUUUACAGGAGCUGGGGCUGAGACCGUGACAGAGAUGCCAUGUCCUGCUCUGCAGGAUAUUCUCCCCUACUGGCCACAGUGGAUUUUCAUUUUGACAUUAGAAACAAUUUGGCUCUGCCUCACCUUUUUGUUACCAGUACCAGGUUGCCCCAGGGGCUAUCUGGGUCCUGGUGGCAUUGGCGAUUUUGGAAAAUAUCCUAACUGCACUGGAGGAGCAGCUGGUUACAUUGAUCGUUUGCUUCUUGGAGAAAAGCAUAUAUAUCAGCAUCCCUCGUCAAGCGUGCUUUACCAAACAAAAAUGCCGUAUGAUCCUGAAGGCAUCCUGGGAACCAUAAAUACCAUUUUCAUGGCAUUUCUGGGAUUGCAGGCGGGAAAAAUUAUCUUGUUUUACAAAGACCAGCACAAACAAAUUAUGAGUCGAUUCUUCAUAUGGAGCAUAGUAAUGGGAAUUGUUUCUGCUGCCUUGACAAAAUGUUCUAAAGAUGAAGGGUUUAUCCCCAUAAACAAGAACUUAUGGUCAAUAUCGUAUGUGACAACCAUGAGCUGCUUUGCCUUCAUCCUCUUACUGCUGAUAUAUUACCUGGUGGAUGUCAAGAGACUGUGGUCAGGUGCUCCAUUUUUCUACCCAGGAAUGAACUCAAUCCUGGUCUACAUUGGCCACGAAGUAUUUGAAAACUAUUUCCCUUUUAAGUGGAAGAUGCAAGACAGUCAAUCCCACGCAGAGCACCUGACUCAAAACCUUACUGCAACAACUCUUUGGGUCAUAAUAUCGUAUGUACUCUACAAGAGAAGGAUAUUCUGGAAAAUCUGAUGGAGGUGGUCAAAGUGUAGCGGGCAAAGAUUCUGAUGGGGAAAGCACGUAAAGUAGGUUAGCCUGAAAUUUUGCCCCUUCUGCUAGGCUGUAUUACUAAAAAGGGAUUAUAGUUCAAGUUUACAGUUCCAUGGAAGUUGUCUUCACAAGUUUCAUGUGACCUAAGGGACUACAUUUUCAUAUUUAGCAAAAAGUUACUAACCUGCUGCAGUUGUUCCGUCUGUUUCCCGCAUUUUGCAUAUAUUUUACCAAUCUCUCUUUUGUAUAGGAAAACUGAACAUAACGCAGCAGUUGGGCAGUUAAGACAGCCUGACAGCGCUCACAAAGGGAACUACAAGGGAUCUGGGGUGGUGAUUGCAAGCGAUUAUCCAAACGGGACUGCGGUAGUGCUUGUUGGAUCUGCUGAGGCUCCCAACUCGCAUGGGCUGGGGUUUGUAAAAGCUCUUGGUGUUUGCAGCAUCUGGGUGCCACUCUGACUGCUGACACGUCUUUAACUUCGUUGUCUUUUUGACUCAAGAGCACCGGCUGUGUCCUCAGCCCUGCACCUGCACACUGAGGUGCAGCAACUGUCUGGGAAAGCUCACGAUUGCAUGCUACAAAGCGCUACGGAGAAAAAUGACUUGGCUGCUAUUUCUUUGCUGUGCUGUCACUGGGUCUUAGGUGGAAGCUCUGGGUUUAGGGUCCUGCUGAAAUCUGUUGCCAAAGAUCUCUUCUAAUGGGUUACUAAUUGGCAUGUAACUGCUACCGUGGUGGUUUAGCACCCUGUGUGUGUGUUUUGGGCCUUUGUGUUACAUACCUCUAGCAUAGAUGAGGUCUUAGUUUCGUCUGCUGCGCUCUAGGAGUGCAGAAGAGCCAUUCCCUCUUGAUUUUCAUAUAAUCACGUUGAUACUACCAAAGUUCAAAGCAGUCCUCUUUAUAAAUUGGAUUUAUGUAAAGGCCCCAGCAAUAUGAAGACACUUGGAGGAAGUUAACAGGCAGAUUUCAGCCAAAAAGGAGGAAAGAGGUAACAGUCCGAGUAUGUUCAAUGUAAGGAAAAAAAGAAAAAGAAAAAAAAAAAAGAGUAAAAAUAUGGUAUUUUCUGGAAACUCAAGAAAUUCAGUCAUGCUGUGAUUUCCAAACUAGUCCUAAUAAAAUGCCUGAAAAACUCUA